AGAUGUUAUUGCGUUCUCUGUUUUCGAUAUAAUAUGGCCGUUUUGAAGGGGGAAAGGAAUAUUUUGAAUUUUAUUUAGUUGAUGAACGAGUCAAAAGAGGACAACAAGAUAACUUGAAACGUGACGCCAAACCAAUCUGCCAUUUGCUGAUUACAUAAAGAUAGAUGUUUAUUUUGCUGACCUGCUAUGUAUUUGCCUGGAUCGGGGAGUUUUACAGUUUCGGUCAAAAGCUCUUAGCUGUUCUCUGUGCGAUUUGCAGCUCCAUACAUGUCGACUGGAUUCUCGAGGAUUUGGAUCAAUAUGAAUUGAAUGAACCUGAAACACAAGAGGAAGAAUUGCAGAAGGCAAAAAAUGAUGGGGUUUUUAGAGAUAAAAAGGACUUGUGUAGAAAGCCAAGGAUUUGUCAUGAUUGUGUGGAAAAAGGACUUAAAAUUUUGAGACAAAAUGAGAAAGUGACAACAAGGUGGAUGCAUGAGUCGAGUUGCCUUGAAUCAGUGAGAAAAGACAGUGGCGCACAAUGCCCACCAAUGACAGCUAAUUUUUUUACUGUAUUUCAAAUCGAUGUCAUGUACAUGUGUGUUACAAUGGAAAGACUAUCGCAUCCUACAAGGAGUAUUUGCUUUGGAUUGAAACCAAAGUCUGAUGUCACACCGGGAUCAAAUGGUGUCGAGGAUCUGCUCGUACACAAUGACACUCCGAAAACAAAUGAUGAUUACAUCAAGGAUCUCGGAGAUCAAGAAGAUCCUCCAGAUAUUGAAGACUUCAAGGACCUUCUAGAACCAAAAAAUACAAACACUGAUGCUGAUUUGACGCAAAAAAACAACAAAUAUUAUGUAUCGGAUGUCCAAAAUGCCAUAUCAAGAAAAAAUGGUACUUGUGAAGAAUUGUAUGUUGAAAAUGAUGUGCAAGAUGGAGAAGCUGAUGAAGAAUCGGAAGUUGACCUGGUUAAUUUUGGGUCUGAAAUAGACCUUCAUUUGCAUUCCACAUUUUUAAAAGCAAAUGAAGCAAAAAUCUGUGAUACUGAAAGUGUGCUGUCUGACCUGAGGGAAGACCAUGGAAACUGUGCUGCAGGUUGUGAUAUGGGAACUUUUUAUAAAAUGAGCGUUGGGCCGGAUAAAACUUUUGUUUGUUUGCCUAACCCAGAAAAAACAAAGGACGUCUCACAUGAAGAUAAGAUGCCGCAAUUUACAUUAAAAGUACUACCAAAUCCUCCAAACAACUUUGAGAGAUACUCGCAAGUUAAAAGUGUACAAGACAAUUCUCUCCUGAAUUGUUUUGAAAGAAAAUUUGUCAAAGAGGAUCAACAAAGUCGUGGGAAACAAUACGAUCUAACUUUGCUGGAAUCUGAUAUUGAAAGUCUAAGAAAGGUUUCUUGGUUGCCUUUGCACAAUCUCCCUGUUCCGAAAGUAGAGAUAGAUGUGCACUAUGUUGACCAGUUUCCACCUUUAGUAGCGAUCAUUACCCAGAUUGCAGAGGGGAAUACACCAAGACCUCAGAUAUCCAUGCGAUAUGAGCUUCUCCGUCUUUGCACACUGAGGACCUACCCAAGGGAAAACAAACCAUACCUGAUCAAGCUUGCUGCUGCUGGUUUUUACUAUGCUUCUGACGGAGAUGGUGUUGUCUGUUAUUGCUGUGGCAUUCGCCGCUAUGGAUGGACAGAAAAAGAUGAUCCCAUGGCAGUUCACAAACGAAUCAACCAACACUGCAAGUUCUUCAAGAAAAAUGCCGAAUACAAUGUCCCAGCUACUUCAUUUGGUCCAUUGAGUGAGAAAGAAGCUUUUUUGGAUGCAAUUCCGGAUUGUGAAGUGCCAAAUUACAGCGAGGAUGUCAACAAUGAUAAUGAUAACAAUAGACAAAGUGGGCAACCAACAACACAGAACAGGACUGGGCUGGGAAUCCAGACUUCAAUGCCAAAGCAUCCGCAAUAUGCACCGAAGACCACACGUGAGAACAGUUACAAUGGCUGGCCAAACACCUCCAGUCAUACACCGAUUGAGCUGGCAGAAGCAGGGUUCUACUUUGCAGGAUUUGGGGACUGUGUGAGGUGUUUCCAUUGUGGAAUUGGUCUCCGUCACUGGGACAAGGAGGACAAUGUGUGGAUCGAACACGCUCGUUGGUCAAAGGACUGUGUCUUCCUGCUGCAGAAGAAGGGUCGCGAGUUCGUGGAGCUCGUACAGCUUGCCGUCCAGUACACCAACGAGCUUGAGGACCAAACAGGAGCAACUGGGACAAGCGGUGUGGUUGACCUAGAGAAGUACCUUGUUGGGGAAGCAGCUCAGUUUGUGCUCACAAAAGGGUUCACUCCCAUUCAGAUCAAGGAAUCUCUAGAGGCUAUACUUUCAAAGGAUUCGAAUGCAAAAAUUACUGGUCACAGUCUACUGCAAAAGGUGAUUGAAUUGCAUGGGAAGAAAAAUGAACCGGCACCUGAAGACAACACGAACAGCGCUAACAGCGCUCCAGAAUCCACGGAGUCUUCACCAGAAACAGUAGAAAAACAAGCCAGAGGGGAAAAUACUGAAGCCGCUGUGGCAGAUCCAAAGGCCAUCAAAGAAGAAAACGAGCAACUCAAAGAACAGACAGUUUGCAAGGUGUGCCUAGACAACACAGUAAGUAUAGUGUUUCUCCCGUGCGGUCAUCUGGUCACAUGCGCAGAUUGUGCCCCGGCCAUGAGGAAGUGUCCAAUAUGUAGGGCAGUGGUGAAAGGAACAGUCCGUACAUACAUGAGUUAAAAUAGCCAUAGAAAACUAUUUGGCUGUCAUUUUUUUCUAAAUUACAGAAUAUUUGUGUAAACUGCCCGCUUACUUUUCAAGUUGAUGUUUUCUUGUAUGAAUUGCUGUGUAACAUAUAUUUGCUGUGUUGUAAAAUUAAAAGAAUUUUACUUUAAAUGAUUGAAUUAAAAGACAAACGCUUCAUUUUUGUACAAAAUUAAAAUAUUUUGCUGUAUUAGAAAGAUGUCAAUGACAUGAUUGCGUUUAAAAAAAAUGAUGUUGAUAAUGAUGGUAAUCACUCAUUUACAUAUGAUAAUUUAUUGUUUCAAGUUCAAAUUAAUUCAAUGUCAGACAACACAAUGAAAGUGCAUAUGAAAAUCUAAAUAUUAUCUUUUGUUACCUGUUACAGUUAUACCUAGAUUAUUGAUUGUAAACAGUUUGCCUUCACCCACUGGACAAGAUGUGGCAUUCAAAUGUACAUAAUACUACUUACAAUUUUGCUGCAUUCAAUGUAUACAAAUUUCUAUUAUUUAUACUUUUGAAAGAACUAACCAUUUUACAAUGAUAUGUUAACUAGUGGAACUGUGCACAUGUGGAUUGCCUGUAUGGCCGGGAAAAACUAGUUAAUGUUAUCUCUGUAUACAUUGCUCUUAUCCAUCUUAACUUUUGUAAUUAUAUGCAUGCAUAUAUUAAAAAAUGGUUUUUGUAAAUACUUGAUCCAAUACUGUACCGAUUUAAAAUUAUAAUCUGUAUUUCCAUGUCACCAACUCACUGUUAUGUUUUGAUAUGUUAUGUAUGUUUGUUCUUCAUGUCGGAAAAUAGCUCAUUGAGCUAAUGUUUCGUAUUAGCAUAUACCAGACUUUAAAUAAAAAUUCUUGUAUCUUGUAGAGUAGAAAAUUAAUGGAGAGUGAAGAAAUUAUUAAACAUUGUUCUGUACUUAUAUCAAAGCUGAAAAAUUCAUACUGUUUUCCUGAUUUAUCUAUUACUCCAUAUAGAUUAAUCAUCGAUUAUUGUUGAUGCACAAGAUAUUGUUAGUAAUGCAACAAACAAUAUUCUAUUGAUAUACAAUUGUGUUGCAAAUUACAAACAACAUUACUAAGUGGUCUCAGCACACAGAACCAUGUUACACAUAAUUAAUCUAUGAAUAUGUUUCCAUUUGAAAGUGUGUAUUUAAGAGGAGGUACUACUUAGUGUUAGUCAGAAAAUGUUUGGUGUUCGUUCUUGAAUGGGUGAGGGGGAAAAUUGGAAUGGUAAACAUUCCUUUAAAACUAUUUAUGAAUAACAUCUGUUAAGCAAAAACAUGAAUGUAUUAGUGAGCAUUUAAAUGACUUUUUGAGCUGAUUUUGUCUUAUUAUUUUAUUUUAAUUUAACUGGUAGUUUCUUCACUUGUUUUAACUCACACUGAAGAAUAAUUGAAUUUACAGAUAAUAGUAGAGUGAAGCACAAGUUUUAUUUUGCACACCUUUUUUCAACUUGAAAAAUAAAAAAAAGCUUAUCCAGCAUUAAUUUCCAGACAUGGAUUCAAUAUUUCUUACAACAAUAUUUAAACUACCAUUCAUGGAUUUUUACAGCAGUGUUGGGUUAUGUUGGCAGCAAAUGCCAGUGUCAAAAGUGCAUGUAUAUUUUUUCCCACUACCAAAGUUAAUGAACUUUUACAAAACAAGACUAGUUGAUGCCAGAGAUUUGUUUGAUGUAAAACACUGGGAUUGGAUGAAAUGACGCUUGUAAGGUCUACUGUGUGUUUAGUACUAUGCAUAUGUUGAAAUAUUAUUAUAAUUUAUCUGCAUGUCAAUUAUUGUACUAUUGUUUACAGCUCUGACAUGAAAAUUAUUACAUGAACAAAAAACAAAGAAACACUCUCAAAUAUUGUAAAAAAGAGAAAUGCAUAAAAAUUUGCAAACAAAUAUUAUAAGGUAUUUUUGAAAGAAAUAUUAAUGCUUUACUAAUCCAGGCCGUCAACCAAUUCCUAUAUUCCUAUAUUUUUGAGAAGUUUCCUAUGUUUUUCAAAAUCUCAUAUAUUUCCUAUGUUUUCCUAUAUUUUUUUAUUUAUUUUCUUUAUUUUUUUUCUUAAAAAGUUACAGUUAUAUGUUUGAAAACAUUCAUAGGAUUGAUACAGCCUUAAGAUAUUGUUUAUUUACAGUUUAAAACUGUCAUUUGCCCUCCAAACCAUCACCAUCAUUCAGAAUUGCUGUUGUACACCCUUGGUUAUCCAUUUUGAUGACCACAGUUUUGUUGCUGCAGCACAUUCUGCCUUGAUGGAGAUGUUUAAGAAUUGUGGCUUAAGUGGAGCAUAAUUUUUAUGAGUAUAGCCAAUAAACAAGUAAGUAAAUGUUCACUUACAUACCUCUUAAUGUUGAUUUUUCAACCUUAAAAUUCCUAUAAUUUUUUUCCAGAAAAUACCCAAACCUCCUAUAUUUUUGGAAAAAAAUUCCUAUAUUUUCACUAUAAGUUGGUUGAUAGCCUGUAAUAUGUUAAAAAAGAUGUUGAAUUGGUAAUAAAGUAUUAGUAUUGAUAUAACACUAACUUCAUUCAACACACGUUAUUGAACUUGUAUAGGACUUGUGUUCCUAGUAGGGAUGCAAACGAAUGGCAAAAUUGAUAUUCGAAUAUUCGGUAAUUCUUUCGAUCGAAUAUUCGAAUAUUCGAAUACCAAAAUGAACCUUUAAGAAUUGUAGUAAACUAGUAUUCACUAACGUAAUAGCCGGGGCCCUGUUACCCUUCUGUGUCGUAUACGGUACACGCGACGGACCCUUAUUGUUCCACAAAUUAGCCUCUGAAUUUCCCUAUUUUCAAGAUAUAUAUCCCAAGAAAAAGCGAUAUAUCUUUAUAAAAAAAAAAACGAAUUAUACCAAUUCCUCCAUUUUUGUAAACAAUGCAAAAUAAGAUCAGGUAAUUGCGUAUUUUCCCGGAUUUGCAUCCUCGUUCUGGGAUUGAUGUUUACGAACUAUAUAAUUAUAGAGAACGACACCAUGGCAAAACGUCGAUUUUGACUGAUGUAUUGUACAACAAUACAGGACAUAUAUCCUUAAACGUUAAACCAUACAGUUAAUUUGUACGCAAGAGCGAUAUAUCGAAAACCUGGAAAACAGUUUAAAGCACAUAACUAGCACAUGUCCUUCAUAUCAUCAAGGUGAUUUUAGCAAUAUCGCCAAGCUUGAUUAGCAGUGAAGACAAAACAUUGGUAUAAAGGCCGAUCUCUUAAACCCUAAUUGGCAUGGCCAUUUAAAUGUACCCAAAAUAAUUAGAAUGUGUUUGAUGUCACUUGUUUAACAACCAGUAAAUGUAAAAUUACGGGGACUGUUUAUAGUUCCCGGCGAUAUAUCCGAUAUGACGAGUGUAUAGUGUCAUCAAGUUCACACCUCUGGCAUUAGGGGUCCAUCGUUGUAAAAACAAGACAGACGAAGAUGACAGUUGUAGGCAAAAAGUUAAUUAAUUUAUUAAUUCAACAAAAACAUCGAAUAUUCGAAUACCUAUUUUGACAUUCGAAUACCAAACGUUCGAUCGAAUAUUCGAAUAUUCGAAUAUUCGUUUGCAUCCCUAGUUCCUAGUGAAUGUCUUCAAUAACUAGGGUAGUGGGUGCAGUAAUAAUUACUAAUUGUACAAUUUAACCACUGGCAUCAGAAUUUCAGUUAUUUUGUAAAAAAACAACAACAAUUAAAAUGUUAUGAUUCCAAACAAAAAUAGCAAUGCCAGAAAUGUGAAAAAGUAUAGAUAUUUUUCAUAAAUAUGCACUUUGUUCUGUCUUUUAUAUAUAAUUAUUUUAACAUAUAGACAGUACGAAGUGCAUAUUUAUGAUAAUUUAUUUUCAUUAUAUUUCAAUAACUUUUCACAUUUCUGCCAUUGUUAUUUUUGGUCUGAAAUUAUAAGAUUUUUAUUGAUUAAAAAAAAAAUUCAGUUUGAAAAUCCGGUGCCAGUGAUUUUGACUGGCAUUCUCAACACCCCAAAAGACUGAAAUAGCCAUUCAAGCGAUUGCACUAAAACAUGUUUAGUAUCUUUGUCUUAACGCUGAUUUUGGUGAAUGUUAUUAUCAUUUAAAAUUUCAUUAUAUGUAUUCUUUCAAAAUGUCAGUGAUGAACACUGUUCCAAGAUGUAUAUCCAGAGUUUCAUGCUCGCUUAUCAUAGCUAGUUUAUACCUUCCACUAUACCCCAGCUAAGGCAAAAAAACGUUGUAACCACGUUUAAAUGUUUGUGUUUAAGAUAGAUUCAAAGACAACAUUCUAUAAUGUUGUGACAACGUUGCAGCAACAUUGCCACAACCUUGAAGAUAUUCCGUGUUAUUGUUUUUUCCAUAAAUUCAAAACAAGUCUUAACUGGUUAUUGUUAGCUGGGACGUUACCAUACAAUCAUAAACAAAAAUACUCUCACCUUUCUGAUUAUGGCUUGGAACGGCUGUGAAUCUAAUCCUUAUUGUAUAAGCUUUUUAAAAAUUAGUACGACUGUCCUUUUUUCAUUCACAAUGUGUUAACCUAGUUGUUUUCUUUCAUUUUUUCAAACAUAAUGUAUGAGUUUCUAUCAAAACGAUAAUGUUUGCCUUUGUUAUUAAUACAUUGCACAUACAUUGAUCAUAGUGUUACGAUAGUUUAGUUUCUCAUUGUGACGUCUGUUCUGAAUAAAAAAUAUGCAUUCAAACUUG